UGCCUUCUGCACUAAUGUACAAUAUCACAGCAUAGCCACAUUAGCAAUUUCACAUUGCUAAGCACCCAGGAGAGUAAUAGAGAGAUUCAAAAAUGGGUGCGUGGUUGAAAAAUGCAAAGCCAUAUCUACUAUUGUUGGCUGUUCAAUUUGGUUCUGCUGGUAUGUUCAUUUUUGCCAUGGAUGCUAUCAAGAAAGGCAUGAGCCAUUAUGUUUUCAUCGUUUACCGGAAUGCCAUCGCUGCUGUAACGUUAGCUCCCUUCGCAUUUCAUCUAGAAAGGAAAAUUAGGCCGAAGAUGUCUGUCCGUGUAUUUUCAGAGAUUAUGUUACUGGCUUUCUUUGAAAUAAUACUUGAUCAAUGUUUUGCCCUGCUGGGGAUGAAGUUAACGUCUGCGUCGUUCUUGUCAGCUGUGAUGAACUCCGCGCCCUCUGUUACUUUUGUGUUUGCGGUCAUUCUAAAACUGGAGCACAUGAAGAUCAAGGAGAUAGCAUGUCAAGCAAAAAUAAUCGGCACAAUUGUAACAUUUGGAGGAACAUUGCUAAUGGCUCUGUACAAAGGUCCUGUGGUUAGUGUUGUGAGGUCAUCCAUCAGUCAUGCUACCCGCCAGCCUGAAAAUGUGAGCGACCCCUCCGGUGACCGGUGGAUCAUAGGGACAUGUUUCCUCCUCAUUGGGUGUGCUGGCUUUUCCGCGUUUUACAUAUUGCAGGCCAUAACGUUGAGAAAGUACCCAGCACCAAUGUCUCUGGCAACUUGGGUUUGUUUCAUUGGCGCACUUCAAAGCUUCGUGGUAGCAUUCUUCGCAGAGCGCCACAACUCUCAUGCUUGGGCUCUUGGUUGGGAUACAAGACUCUUUGCCCCAGCUUACGCGGGAAUAGUUACAUCAGGAGUGCAGUAUUACAUACAAGGUCUGGUUAUAAAAACUAUGGGACCAGUUAUUGUAACUGCUUUUAAUCCUGUACGUAUGAUCAUCGUAACGGCCCUGGCUUGCAUCAUCCUCUCUGAACAACUUUUUCUUGGAAGUAUUAUUGGAGCCAUAGUGGUGGUUCUUGGGCUUUAUCUAGUUGUGUGGGGAAAAUCAAAAGAAUACAAAGCUCGAAAUCAUGUUGAUAUGCCACCCUCCCCUACAAAAGAGGACUCAUUGCAAGACCAACAGCAGCAGCUACCAGUUACAGCUCCUAGAAAUGAAAGUAACGAUAUUAAUAAAGCACAAUUGGUCAUACACAGUGAAGAAAAAUGUCACGGUUGUGGCCAAAAUUAAAUGUGUCUUGGCUUUGUAUAAACAGACAUUGAUCAGUUUUACCAUUUUCAAAGAGAUAAUGACAAUGAUCUAAGCUCAAUGUCAUGCAUAUGUUACUAGAAAGAGGAAAUUGGCCAUUUGGCAUGGAGCACUAAUUGCUCAUUUAAUUAGUGGUCACUUGUUGGGAGUAUUCAUUAAAGGACAUAGAAAAGAAAGAAAAAAAAAGUGUGAUCCAUUUUGUGGUUUGUGAUUCUAAAUUUGUGAAAGUAAAUGACAUUCUUAAACCAUCUAUUACAUCUUCUUUUACA